ACCCCGUAAGCCUGACUCCUUCGAUACUUCUGCCUGCGUUGAUUGUUCUCCCGUGUACCGACUCCUGCCUGUCCGCUCAUCUGCUCUCUUCGCCCGACGUCCGAACUACCGCUGCUGCACCGGACUGCUGCUCGAUCCCCGACCUCUGCAUACAAUAAACGUGUCUCUUCUUGAACUACCUUGCGUCUUCCGAGUUCCUGCAUUUGGGUCCUACUCGCGUUUCCGAUGGGACGUGACAGAACGAACUGGCCAAUACAGGACCCAGCAGGAAAGACCCGGCGUCGCCGGGACCGACGCAAGGUAGACCGUCUGCCGGAGGACCAAGCCUGUCCGAUCCGGAUAGGCUCCCUGAUGUCCUCCGAUUCCGUGUCUUACGCUCCGCCAGCGAAGUACGAAUACGUCCCGAACACGACCCGUCCGGCUCCUCAUAUUCUUCUAGACUCUGACUUUUCGGAAUAUGAGGAGGACCGUGAUUUGUAUGCCGGGCUGCCUGAGUACGACUCCGACGACUUUGAUUUUGAGUCUCUUUGCCCGGCUUUUGAUCCCAGUCAGUUUGCCCCGCCUUCCCGCCUUUCCAGCACCCAAGCGACUUUGCCCGGUAGAUCCAAGUGCACCUAUCGGUACGAGGGAACCCGCUUGGCCAUCUACACGGGACCUCCGCGUGGCGGCCAGAGGAGAUGCCCCGGCCGGGCGCUCCCUGGUGUCUCUCGCUGCGCGGCAACGAAGACACCGUCCUCCCACUCCUCGCCGGUAACGGUGAGACCGGCAGACCCGCAGCUGGUGGCGAAGCUUCCACCCCAGAGGGAGUAGGUGCCGCGAAAUGCGGGCAGAGAUAGAGCGGCAGAGUGCCGAAUUGGCGGCUCUCACGGCCCAGGUCCGGCAAGGAUUGGCGAACCAGCCGAGCUACGCUGACGUCGCAACGGCGACGGACUCACUGCUGACUCAGGUUCACGUUGCCGUGGAAACCGACCCGCCCCCUUGCCAAGUGCACGCAAAAGUGGGAACAGACUCGCCACCUCAAGUGCACGUCGCAGUGUUGGCGGUUCUGAGCAGAGCUCACGCGGCAGUUGGAACUGACCCGCUCCCGAGACACGCCCACGUGUCAGUUUCGACUGACUGUCCGCCUACUCAGGUUCACGUUGCCCUGGAAACGGAUUCGCCACCGUGCCACGCCCACGUUGCUGUUUCAACGGAUGCACUGCAAGCUCACGUGGCAGUGGGGACCGACCCGAUGCCGCCUCACGUUGCUGUCCAGGAGGUGGCGACGUCUCCACAGCCGCUUCACGUCCGCGCUCUGGAGUGGCAGUGGCGACCGGCCCGCGGUCGCUCCCCCUUCCUGCUGUCGGCGACGGGCACGCCCUCACGUUCCUGUCCAGGAGGUGCCGACAGUUCCCCAGCCGCCUCACGCUCCCGUCCAGGAGGAGGUGGAGUUGGUGAUGCGGCGGCGGGGUCGCUGCCUUCUCACGUUGCUGUCCAGGAGGGGGCGGUACUGGCGCCGCUUUCUCACGUUGCUGUCCAGGAGGGGGCGGAGGAGGUGGAGUUUGUGAUGCUGCUGCCGCCCUCUCACGUUGCUGUCCAGGAGGGGGCGGUACUGGCGCCGGCUUCUCAAGUUGCCGUCCAGGAGGGGGUGGUACUGGCGCCGCCGCCUUCUCACGUUCCUGUCCAGGAGGAGCUGGGGAGUUCUGUGGAGCCACCUAGGAGCUGGAGAGACUUCGGGGUGGCGGUCAUGGCUCUGGUCCUGCCCUCCAUCAUCUUCUUCGCUCCUGAGUGUGCCCAGCCGCUUCAGGACCUGGCCUCGUUGGCGACCAAUCCCUGGUCGUCUUGCAACGACGGCGUGGGAGGUUCUCGUCCGGAGCAGUGGCCUGCCUCGUUCUGGUUCCUGCUUCGCCGUUUGGUUCCUCACAGAGGUCGUCCGCCCGAAUCGCCCCGUGGGGACCCUGGUCCUUGGCGUCCGGGUCGUCCUCCUGACCUGUCCGCCCGGACGCCUCGUGUUUAGUGGCCUGGAUGGCCACCAGUCUGGGGUUCAGGGGGGGGGGGCGUUCGAGUCAGAGGCAUAAUGUUUGAAGUAUGUUUUAUGCCCAUAUUUAGUCAUGACUGAAUAAUUUCCACAUGUCCUCAGUGGGGCUCUGCUCUGUGGCAGGAUGUGUCCUUGAGUGCAUCUGUGCACGCAGGCUAACCUUGAUAAACUGCAUACUGGACACUUUGUAAUAAUCCAUUGCCAGCUAGAACCGGUUGAGACAGAAACCUUUUGUCUAAGUGGAAAGCCUCGAUGUCAUGCCACAGGUCCGAUACCACUUAUGGUCCGCCCUUCUGACAAGAUAAAGGAUGUGUGCUUUCUCUGUAACUUUGCCCUUGUGAUCUACUCUCUACAGCCAUUGUCUGUAACUAAUAAGUGCCCGGAAUAUUCUGUAAGUAAAAUUCUUUGAAGAAACUGUU